AUGCCCUCUCGAACUACCAGGCUCUCCGACAAAGCUGCUCUCCCUUUCAAAACAUCCAACAAACAGCGGCGACAAGAACUGCACAUAAAACAGAAGCGUGCCCGGGAUGCGCUGAAACGAGCAGACCGAUUCAGCCGCAAGAAGGAAGAAGCGAGGAAUCCUAAGUUACGAGACGAGCGUUUACGGAAAAAUGUGCCCGCAACUUUGGACAGGAAGAGAGUGUACGACGAGGUCGCAGACGAGCCUGGGAAUGGUGGGUUGGGUGCGGUUUAUGACGUGGAAAGGCUGAAGAGGCGGAAGUUGGCCGAAGAGCAGGCAUUGGAGCUCAGCGGUGAUGGGGACGAAGGAGCAGAGGAGCCUGUGGACAACGAGGACAACGACUCCAUGCUGGAGGAAACUGACGAGGAAGAGGAUCAGGACGAAGACGACCGCGGACCGGAUGACCUCGACGACGUUACCGACGACCCCUUACCCUCUAAAACGCAACUCCAGUCCAAGCAGAGACAAUCCCGUGCCCAAUCACCGACGCGUUCCACGACCUCGACGAACCUGUCCCUCGCCCCUGCCGCUCUCGCCGCAAAGUUCCCGUCUCUCUUUCUUUCACCAGAUUCUCCUCCUCCACCCCCCCCUAAAAUACUCAUAACGACGUCAAUCAACUCCAACCUGCAUGACGAAGCCGCGCUCUUAACCGACCUCUUUCCCAACAGCAGAUACAUCCGUCGCUCUUCGCACCGCUAUGGAUAUAAAUUUUCCGUGCGCGAAAUCUCCCAGUUCGCAAGUAAACAUGGGUACACGGCUGUUAUCGUACUCGAGGAAGCAAAUCACCGCAAACAGCCUGGGGGCUUGACGAUCGUGCACCUACCAGCCGGUCCAACAUUUCAUUUCUCGUUGUCCAAUUGGUAUUCUGGCAAGCAGAUCCCUGGGCAUGGACGAUCGACACAGCAUAUCCCGGAAUUGAUGCUAAACAACUUCACCACGCCGCUAGGUCUGUUGACAGCUCACCUGUUCCGCUCACUUUUCCCACAUUCACCUGAAUUGCAAGGGCGGCAGGUCUUGACGUUGCACAACCAAAGAGAUUACAUUUUCCUCCGGCGGCACCGGUACAUCUUUCGUGCCAAGCGAGAAACCGAAAAAUCAGUGGUAGGAACAGAUGGCAAAGAGAUGCAGGGCGUUGAGGAGAUACGAGCUGGGCUACAGGAAUUAGGACCUAGGAUGACGUUGAAGUUGAGGAGGGUCGACAAAGGUAUCCAAAGAGCCAGUGGGCAGGAUUGGGAAUGGAAGAGCAAGAUGGAGAAAGUGAGGACCAAAUUCCAGCUGUGA